UGCGUCAGUGAAAGUGUUUAGACUGGGGAUCCAGCCCACUCACACACACUUUCCCGUUAGGCACACAUCACCAGCAGUACUUAAUUUGGGAAUGGGAAGAUCAUACCAAAUAAUGAUGUUAGAGAACAAAGUUUUUUCCUGUUUUGUAUUCUAUAGUGUUCUCCUGGUAAUCAAGAUGUACAUCAUAGCAAUCAUCACUGGACAAGUAAGGCUGCGCAAAAAGGCUUUCGCGAACCCAGAGGACGCGCAGAGACAUGGUGGCCUCCAGCACUUCAGAGAGGAUCCAGAUGUAGAGCGGUGCCAAAGGGCUCACCGUAACGACAUGGAGAAUAUCGUCCCCUUCCUGUUCCUGGGGGCCGUCUACUCCCUGAUUGGCCCGUCGCUGGCCGUGGCCCGCGCUCACUUCCUGGUCUUCUUCCUAUUCCGCAUGCUCCAUACGCUGGCCUACCUCUGUGUCCUGCGGGCACCCACGCGCUCCCUGGCCUACGUGAUCGCCCAGGUGCCCUGCAUCUCCAUGGCCGUUCAGAUUCUCGCGGCGGUGUCCUCGUAUGCGUGUUCUGACUUUAUUGGUGACCGCUUCAAUCUGUGACCAAUCUCAGUGGAUGGGCCUGAUAAGAGCAGUAGAGAAUACUGCUUUGUAAGAGAGGGAACAGAUAUUUUUCAUAUGAGGGAAAUCCUAAAGAAUGCAUUGUCAUCAGACUGCAAUGCUACAAUAGCAGUUUGUGCCUCUCAGCAAUGCUCUAUGAAGUGUACACUGUUGUGCUCUAGCUAGUACAUCUUCAUGUAGUACUGUAUUAUUUUACAUCUUAGUCACAUAGCAGACGCUUUUAUCCAGAGCAACUUGCAGAUGCCUUGCUCACGGGCACAUAGACAGAUGUUUCACCUAGUUGGCUCGGGAAUUUGAACCAGCAACCUUUCAGUUACUAGCCCAAUGCUCUUAACCGCCAGGCUACCUAUAUGCUACAGAAUGUUGAAGUCAAUUGACUCCCUCUGAAGGUCGUGGGGACACUACUCUCGGAAGAAAAAGGUUAACCUUUCGAUUAACAUGUAACUUUGUAACCAAUUAAUUGGGUUGACAUGUUUUUUUUGUUUUUCAUACACAAGUCAAUGUUACUUGUUCUCAUCUUUUACAUUCUGUAUUUCUUGUCAUUCAACGAGUGGUAUUUUUGUAGGAAAGUCUGUGAUGUAGUGACCUAUUUGCUCAAACCAAUCCAGUAUUUUAGAAGUUGAACUGAAGAGCAGACAUGUAUAACACAAAUCAUUUAUAAUAAUGCUUUUUUUUAUUUUUAUGAAAAUAAUAAUAAUAAUAUAUGCCAUUUAGCAGACGCUUUUAUCCAAAGCGACUUACAGUCAUGUGUGCAUACAUUCUACGUAUGGGUGGUCCCGGGAAUCGAACCCACUACCCUGGCAUUACAAGCGCCAUGCUCUACCAACUGAGCUACAGAAGGAGAAAACGGUCAAAUACCAUAUUCUAAGGAAUAUUUCUGGUGUGGUGGUCACACUGUAUUUGUUUACAAAGCAUUGGCCACUAAAGCUAUCACAUGAUGGAGGAUGCUGACUAUGUCAGAUAUGUCAGGUCUACCACUCCUGUCGAUGGGCUACGGAAGGGUUUAGGAUCACAGGACUUGACUCACUAGGGCCCAUAGUUUUUUUCUGGUCCGUUCCUGGACCUAGAUAGGAUCUAUGACUGCUGACUGAUCCAUAAUCAUAACAUCUACAGAUGCUGAAUCUUAAUGUGAUCAUCCUGUUGUUGCAGGAAUAUUCCUGCACAGCAAGAAAUGCAAAAAAACAAAAAUGUAUCAACCCCUAAAAAAAUGUCAAUUCCAAUUCACAUUUCCUGUUGCUGCAGGAUUAUUUUUCUUCUGUGUAAAACUGGCUCAAUUUAAGAUACGGCAUCUGUAUUUUAACCUCAACCUUUGUGUUUCUUUACCCUGUUUCCAGAUCAACUCUGGCAAGACUGAAAAAACAGAUCUUGGAUCAGGCUAAUGUUUCUAGAGUACUGUCCAUCUAUAACCAAUAGAUGGUUUGUCCAUAAAUGCUAUUUAUGUGUUCUACACUGCAGCCCUUUGAGGCUUGGAUCAGGCUAAUGUUUCUAGAGUACUUUGAAGCUUGGAUCAGGCUAAUGUUUCUAGAGUACUUUGAAGCUUGCUAGAGCAGAAGAUGAUAUUGUGUAAACCUACGUGUUUCAAUUGGGAAUCAUUAUUGAACAGUUGCGAUACAGUUCCAACUUACUGCAACACAGUUCCAACUUACUGCAACACAGUUCCAACGUACUGCAACACAGUUCCAACUUACGGCAACACAGUUCCAACUUACCGAACUUACUGCAACACAGUUCCAACUUACUGCAACACAGUUCCAACUUACUGCAACACAGUUCCAACUUACUGCAAUACAGUUCCAACUUACUGCAACACAGUUCCAACAUACUGCAACACAGUUCCAACAUACUGCAACACAGUUCCAACAUACUGCAAUACAGUUCCAACUUACUGCAACACAGUUCCAACUUACUGCAACACAGUUCCAACUUACUGCAACACAGUUCCAACUUACUGCAACACAGUUCCAACUUACUGCGACACAGUUCCAACUUACUUCAACACAGUUCCAACUUACUGCAACACAGUUCCAACUUACUGCAACACGGUUCCAACAUACUGCAACACAGUUCCAACAUACUGCAACACAGUUCCAACAUACUGCAACACAGUUCCAACAUACUGCAACACAGUUCCAACUUACUGCAACACAGUUCCAACGUACUGCAACACAGUUCCAACUUACUGCAACACAGUUCCAACUUACUGCAACACAGUUCCAACAUACUGCAACACAGUUC